CAAUAGAGUAUUUAUAUUGAGUGAUUAAAAGUAUCUCGUAGUCAAAUUUUAUUUCUUACAUGAGCAGUACAUUACUUUUGUGAGGCGUUAAAUAAACUGUGAGCUGUUUUAACAAUCAAGGCAACUAAUGAAAUAUAUUGUUUGCAGUGAUGAAAAUGUUUUGGACGGUCACGAGAUUAUUGUUGGCGAUGCCGUAGCGACGCAGUACCGGAAUGACAAACAGCCCUGGGGCCUAUCAUGCCACCGAAAACAACCGUAACACUAGCCAUACAACUGCAACUUCCACACCAAUCUCUGCGACGAGCCGUCGGCAGGACACUUCCUCUCACUACAUUAUGCCUACAGAUCCGCAUGGUUGCUGCGAUCCAGCACCUACUGUAUUGUCAGGAGCAGGCAUCUGUUUUAUAGUACUGGGGUAUACAAUGUUUGGUGCAUUUACAUUCAUGACAUUAGAAAAUAGUAGAGAUACCGUUCAACUGCGGUCUAAUCAACAUCAGCACCAGCCAUCACAAUCACAACCACAACAGCAACAGUAUCAACCUAAUAGAGUAUUGUCCGCGUCCAACGAUAAAUUAAGAGCUCAGACGGUAGAAAAACUAUGGAAAAUUACGGAAGACUUAAACAUACUUUAUAGAGAUAACUGGACAAGAUUAGCUGAACAAGAAAUUCUCAAGUUUCAAGACUCGUUAAUAAGAAAAUAUGGAAAUUCUAAUCAAUUAGACCGAAGGCAUCGUUGGAAUUUCGCAUCUUCGUUUUUGUAUUCCUUGACAUUGAUUACCACAAUUGGUUAUGGUAAUGUGACUCCACAAACACCCUGGGGUCGAGUUAUUACCAUUCUGUAUGCAUUAAUUGGCAUACCAUUAAUGUUAUUAUAUCUUUCAACUAUGGGUGAAACUUUGGCCAAGAAUUUCAGACGCAUCUACUCAAGGAUGUGUUCUGUUCCGUCCCGUCGAGAUGAAGAAGAUGAUGAACGUCAGGAUAGCAGACGUAAACGUCUUCCUCCUAAUACGGUGUCAAGUAACCACAUAGGAACUACUGGAGGAAGUGGUGGUGAAUUCAUCGACUACUAUCGAUAUGACUUUGAAACGAUAACGGGUGCUACUGCAUUACCACCUAUUUCUCCUUCGUCUGCAAAUAUUAGUUUUAGUAACCAAAAACGAGUGCCCAUCCUAUUGUCACUUUCCAUCGUUGGAUUAUACGUAGCUUUGGGGGCGUAUAUCUACCACAAGCUCGAAAAAUGGACGUUGUUGGAAGGGUCAUACUUUUGCUUCACCAGUCUAGGCACUAUCGGUUUUGGCGAGCUAUUAGUACCCGGUGGGGUAGAAGCUACCAAAGACGUAUCGGUCUUUGUGUCGUCUGGCUACAUACUCAUUGGCAUGGCUAUUGUAGCCAUGUGCUUCCAAUUACUACAAGACGAAUUAGCCGCCAUUGCCCGAAAUUUCCGAUGGUGGUGGUGGUCAAGUAGAAAAGAGUUUGAGGAUGCGGCUAACAGUAAUGAUUCUGUAUUAAUUGUCAGCCCGACGCAUAACUCCUGACAAACAGAUUUCGGGCCGGUGACGGUAAUCGAUCGAUCGCCACCGUCACCUUCUCUCGUUAAAAAAUUGCCACUACCACCACCGGCAUUCGACGAUCACGAUCGACAUCGCAGUGGAAUGUGCAACGUGCAAGUUCCUCUUCCUCCACUUUCAUUUCAACGAGCUUCCGUUGGUCGCUGUUCCGUUCAGCCAAUCAGCAGAACAAUGGCGUCCGCAGCCACCACUACGGAAUAUUUGAUACCCCGCAGUGCUAGUGAACACAAUCUCUGUUCAACAAUUGAACUGGAGAAACUACCACCUCUACCACCGUCCGCUUUACGUGUUGUUUCGGCAACACCACCAGCUAAACAGUCUUGUAUCGUUCGAUCUAAUCGUGACAAAGUAGUCACGUUUGAAGAUGAAAAAAGAACGUUCAAAGAUAGCAAUCGAAUAGCUAGUAAUAA